AUUCAGCCCAUAACAAUGGGAUUGGCAAAUGGAGGAACAGUCUACAAAAUAACCAGUAUGAGUAUUCUCCAAGGAAAGGAUGACAUAUUUUUGGACCUGAAACAGAAAUUCUGGAAUACAUAUAAGACUGGUCUGAUGUACUGGCCUUUUGUACAGCUUACCAACUUCAGCCUUGUUCCUAUUCAGUGGAGAACAGCUUACACGGGACUGUAUGGUUUUCUGUGGGCCACCUUCCUUUGCUAUUCACAACAGAGUGGCGAUGGCACAUUGACAUCAGUUUUCACAUUCCUUCAUCAAAAGAAGGCCAACGAAUUUGAAAAGCCCCCAGAGAAAUGAGGAGUCAAGGAUUCCCUGAAAGUGACAAUAUUUUUUUUUUAAUUGCAGUGAGUUGCCUACUGAUAAAAUACUCUACUUACCUGCAGUAUGUGCUCCAUUUGGAAGAAUUACUAUUCCUAGACCCACUUGUUUCUUAAUUAUCAAUAAGUACUUUAAAUUUUAUCCAAACCUUUUUUUCCUCAUUCUACCUGAAAGUAUUACUUCUCUAAUAUUUUCACUUCUUCAAUACUUUGGUAAUACCAGUAUCAGUGGCAAAAUGGCAUUUAAUACUAGUUACUAUUUCUAUUCUAAUAUUUUAAUGCCAUUUGAUUAUAUUUAAUGCAUUUAAUUAUUAAUGCCAUUUAAGGAGCCUGUUUUGAUUGUAUACAUCUCUUUUCUAACAUCUCAGGUUACUCCUAAACACUUUUGGAUCUGAUUACCUUUUAUACCCAAAGUAGUUCUUAAUAGUAAAUUUCUAUCUACAUGGAACUCAAUCAAAGUCAAGAUUGAAUAACCAGAUUUCCUCCACCCCAAUACUAUAUAAUCAUUUUUUUGCUGAGACUAAAGUUCUAUAAGUAUACUUUAAAUCAUAAAAAAAUAGUGUAUGAUUGGUGUGCCCUGUGUAGAAUAUAGUUCAUUGGCAUUUCCUAUUUUUGUAAUUUCCUUAGUUAAGUACUUUUUAGCUAAUGUUUUAUAGUUUUGAGCAUAUUCAGUACCUCAUAUGAAAUUUGACUUCUUAGAGAAAUAUACUGAGUGAAGUUUCUGGGGG